UGGCUCUGGUUUUUCUAUUGCCACCAAAAGCUUUUGAUAAAUAUUGGUAAAGAUUCCUCAGAUCUACAGUUGAAGGUAUUCGCUGUUCUUGAGUUUUCAUUUCCAGUGAUUCGAAGGAAGGCUUUGCUGCGAAUACGAGGACACGCUCGGCAACUUCGACCGUCUACGACUGUCUGAAGGCUUUCUCCUAUUCGUCUGUUAACACCUUCUUGUGCGCGUUGGAUGGAACAUGGUAGUGGUAAGAUAUACGACGUGUUACGGCCUCAAGGAAUUUAUUUGCAUCAGCAUCGAUUCAUUUACUUUCUGGUGUAAGUUGGAAGAAAUUGUUGAGUAAUUGUCAUGGUCUGCGAGAUGGAGACUGAUGUUAUUGAAGAUAUGGACAUCGAAGCCCUUACUUCUAUGUGGCCUGAGGAUGUUGGACCAGAUGUUAGAAAGCAGUUCAACGUAGAAAGGCCAGGAGCAGAUCAAGAUAUGUUGGAAGAAGUUAACAUAAUAGAGGAACCUACAAUAGUCGAUUUCAAGAGACUUAUAGAGUUAACUAACUAUACUGAGAAAGGAUCAUCACAAUUACAAUACCUUGCAAAACAGUGGGAGUAUAAACAAGCAAAUGCUGUACGUCUCCUUAGAGAGGAACUUGACAUCCUAAGCAAGCAGAGAAAAGAAGUCGAGCUCAAGAAAUUGAAGAUAUUAGAGGAACAUCUUUUUGAGGAAGAAAGAUAUGCUGGUGAUAAACGUCCAAUUUCUAUUUUGGAAGAAUCUUGUGAUAUAUGGCAAGAUAUUCCAAGGAGGAAAACUGAUUUCGUUGUUCAAAGUAAGAGAGUUGAAAUUGACGCAGAGUAUGGUACAGUGACAUACUGGAAGCAGCGAGCCAUGGAUCUGGAAAAAUUAUUGGAAGCAAGUCUACAGCGAGAGCAAAUACUUGCAGAGAAACUCCAGGAAAACGUAAAAAAUAUUGAAAAGCAGUCCUCGCCAGUUGAGGAGUUGUCACAGAUUCUGAAAAGAGCCGACAAUUUUUUGCAUUUUGUUCUGCAGAAUGCACCAAUUGUUUUUGGUCAUCAGGACAAAGAGUUGCGCUACCGAUUUAUCUACAAUCAUUUUCCUAGUUUGGAAGAAGAGGAUAUUAUAGGAAGAACUGACGUUGAAAUUUUUAGUGGUGCUGGUGUUAAAGAAUCACAAGAUUUCAAGAAAGAAGUUCUGGAGAAAGGGUUGCCUGCAAAGAGGGAAAUACAGUUUGAUACAGAAUUGUUUGGGCUGAAGACCUUUUUGAUAUAUGUUGAACCUGUCUUUAGCAAGGCUGGGGAGACGAUUGGAAUAAAUUAUAUGGGAAUGGACAUAACUGAUCAGGUUAAAAAACGAGAAAAGAUGGCAAAACUUCGUGAGGAGAUAGCAGUACAAAAGGCAAAGGAAUCAGAACUGAACAAAACAAUUCAUAUUACGGAGGAGACAAUGCGAGCAAAGCAAAUGCUAGCAACCAUGUCCCACGAAAUUAGAUCCCCACUGUCUGGAGUUGUUAGUAUGGCUGAGAUCUUGUCCACCACAAAACUUGACCGGGAACAACGUCAUCUAUUGGAAGUUAUGCUGUCUUCAGGAGACUUGGUGCUUCAACUUAUAAACGAUAUCUUGGACCUGUCUAAAGUUGAAUCAGGAGUAAUGAAGUUGGAAACUACCAAAUUCCGUCCAAGGGAGGUUGUAAAACAUGUUCUGCAGACUGCUGCUGCCUCAUUGCGAAAAUUCUUAGUUCUGGAGGGACGUAUAGCAGAUGAUGUUCCUAUAGAGGUUAUUGGAGAUGUUCUUAGGAUUCGGCAAAUUCUCACCAACUUGAUCAGCAACGCAAUCAAGUUCACUCAUCAAGGGAAGGUUGGAAUUAACCUCUAUGUGUUACCCUAUCCACCCAUGGGGAAAGGAGAAGAGUGCCAUAAGAAAUCAACGGCUGAUAACUCAACAGUUUCGGCGCAUGGUUUGCAAGGAGGAACAUGUCUUCCAGCCCCUCAGAAUGGCUUGCGUGGCCAAAAACACGGUGACAGAAAUCAUUUGCAUUGUGAUGCACCAGGAACCCCAAACAAGAGUGAAACCAUAAUGAAUGGAAAUAGAGAAAGCAAAUCUUGUUCUCCAGAAACGACGGUAUGGAUACGUUGUGAUGUAUACGACACGGGAAUUGGAAUACCAGAAAAUGCAUUACCAAGCCUUUUUAAGAGGUACAUGCAAGCUAGUGCUGAUCACGCUCGGAAGUAUGGAGGGACUGGACUUGGACUAGCAAUAUGCAAACAACUGGUUGAAUUGAUGGGUGGUCAUCUCACCGUUUCCAGCCGAGAGAACCAUGGAUCAACAUUUACCUUUGUAUUGCCAUACAAGGUUUCAACCAGCAGCAGCAGCAGCAGCACUUCCGACGAUUCCGAUGAGCUCUCAGAUGAAGAGUCCACAGAUGAAGAAAUGACUGAGGGUUUUUUCCAAUUCCAACCCCACAGUUUCAGUUCGCUAUCAUCUUCUAAUGGACCCACAAGGAUGAUCCCAAACUCAGUUCGAUAUCCCAACUCGACCAAACUCAAUGGAUUUGCGGACGGUGGUUCUUAUCAUAUUCCUUCAAACAACAUCACUCCACAACCACAAGAGACUGCUCUUAGAGAUUUCCGUUUAGGCAAUGCCACAUUAACUUCGAGCGAAUCACAGUAUUCAUUAAGUCAGAUCAAUUCAAAUCUUGGUAAGGAGAAAUCAACAAACCAACCCGACGCAAAUGCUCGGUUCCAAAAUGCGAACGUGAAUUCCAUUCAACGGUUGGAAACAAAGCAAGAAGAUACAUUGGAAAAGCCAAGUAGUAAACUCCAAAAAACAGAUCAGGGUAAAGAGAGGUCCGAUGCAAGUUCCCACUGUAGAACUGCCAGUAGUGGUUCUGAAGUAACAAUGGCAUUGGAACCCAGAAUUCUUCUUGUUGAGGAUAAUAAGACCAAUAUUAUGGUGGCUCAAUCCAUGAUGAAGAAGUUUGGCCAAAAAAUCGACGUGGUAACCAAUGGAAUUGAAGGUGUUCGUGCAGUUCAACGACGUUCUUACGAUCUCAUUCUCAUGGAUGUGUUCAUGCCAGUUAUGGAUGGCCUUCAAGCUACAAGGUUAAUUCGUUCUUUUGAGGAAACAGGCAGCUGGGAGGCGGCUGUAAAUGCUGGAAUCGAGCCAACUACUCCUUGUUGGACUCCCUCAUCCCGUAAAAGAAUGCCCAUCAUUGCUAUGACGGCGAAUACAUUGUCAGAAAGCGCGGAUGAGUGUUAUGAAAACGGUAUGGACUCAUUCGUAUCAAAGCCAAUAACAUUCCAAAAGUUGAAAGAAUGUCUUGAGCAAUAUUUACCACAACGUCCCUUGUAAAUGUAUGCUUUGUUUGAGAAAGUUGAGGUAAAUUCAGUUCAUUAGGAAAGUUUUGUAAUCUUCCUUUUCCCACUUUUUUUUGGGUCAAGUAAUGUAAUCAGUGUAACAUAUCCUCUUACCCCUAGCCACCCGCUCAAAUUGUAAAUUGUACAGAAGAAAGCUGUCUGUUCUUUCCCAGAGAAAAUUUGUAAUAAAGUUUUCACACUUUGCUUUCGUGAGAAUUAACAAAUCUCUACUUAGUUUUAGGACAGUUUUCUAUAAAUCCAAAUUAAUAUCAUAAAAGCAUUUUUGUUCCCCUAAUUUUGGGUGGGUG